UAUUCUCUCGUAGUAUUGGAAAGUGAAAUGUAUCAGUUAAGUCAUAUAUUAACAGAACAGAAGUCUCUGAUUGGUCAGAUACUCGAUAUGUCUGUCACCGCAGCAUCAGAUGAUGGUAAACAAGACCAGGAUCCCAGUAAAAAAGACAAAGAUGAAAAAAAGAAGACUCUGACAUCAUUGCUUGAAAAGGUUGAAGGAUGUACGAGAAUCACAGAAGUUCCGGGUCGAUAUUUGGUCCAUGAGAGCGAUCUGGUGGAAUUAGAUACAGACACUUUUGUAGAAAUUAAAAAAGUUCAUGCCUUCUUGUUGAAUGACAGUAUUAUGAUUACCACAUAUAUACCACAUGGAAGGGGCCCCCUGAGAUACAAGUUUCUGUCAUUGUUUGAAAUUGAUAAUUUAGCAGUUGUGAAUGCCAGAGAUGUUGGACCUGUCAAGAAUGCUUUCAAGUUAUUGAUGUUUCCUGACCAACAUAUGUACCAGUGUGAUGGCCCAAAGGCAAAGCGAGAAUGGUUAGAUAUUUUAGAGUUGACCAAGAAGAGUAAAUUAUCUGUUGAUACACAAAAGAAAGAGUCCUUGGAAUCAUCUUCUAGUGAGUCCUUUGACAGAACCAAUCCUUUUCUUGAAAUUAAUGCCAUUGUGUCAUCCAAUACAUCAGUGGAAAGUCCUCUUCAUGUUGAUUGGCUCAUUGAACUACCUGAAGAUUUAGAUGUUUUGAUAGCACAGAGGGACUUUGAGGGCGCUGUAGACCUAAUUGAGAAAACAAACGAGUAUCUUAAAGACAUCCCAUCAUCUUCAUCAUUAAAGGAAGUUAGAUCUAGAUUAGAUCAUAGAGUGAAACAGUUAACUGAAGUCUUAAUGCAAGAGAUGCAAGUAUCAGCUGAUAGGUCAUUACGAGGUGGCUCUGGUGUGACACGAAGAGCUGUCAUGCAGUUGAUACGAUUAGGAAAACAUAGCACAGCAUGUCGUUUGUUUUUGAAUCAUCGUUCUGCUGCAAUCAGACUUGCCAUCAGAAGACUUAAAAUAGAAGGUGCCACUAAUGUCUACACUAAUAAACUCUGCAGUAUAUUCUUUACACAUUUGAUGGAAACUGGUAGAGAAUUCCAAAAAGAGUUUGCUAAUAACACAGGCUGUUUUUCUGCCUUUGUGGUAUGGGCCAGAGCUGAAUUGAAUACGUUUGUAGGUCAUUUCUCAAGACAAGCUUUUGCAAGUAAAUCAAAUCUGGAUACUGUUGCUGAAUGCAUUGCCAUUGCUAAGAUUCACUGCCAAAAG